AUGUCCACACUCCUUGCUUUUAUGGUCAUCGAUUGCAUCCUGAAUUAUGCGACGGCAUCAUUCUGGGAUAUAGCGACAAAUAGUGCUAAUCUUACUGGUAAAUUGGUCGACGGUGCUAUCCUUACUCUGCUACUAUGUCCUGGUAUUCUUGCUAACAACAGCAAGAAGUUGUUGAUGUUUCUCUUUUUCUUUUCUCAUGCUUUCUUUGUUACUUUCCUUACGUUAUUUACGCUUUCGAAGGAUGGGAAUCUUGCUAGAAUGUCUCCAGUUUUCAACGGGCAGUUUCAUGCACUCGAAGCCGAACAUCUCUUCGUAAUUCAUGUGAUUCCACUUGCUUCCGUUACGAUUACGAGAAAUGUAACGAAAACGCAUCCUCCUCGCCAUUUUUCGAAACUAUGA